UUGGAUGCGUGCGGUGCGCGAUCGCCGGUGCAAACGGCGCGCUGAGGGACCAAGCCUUCGCUACUUAGGGGUUAUUUAUGAGCUAGUGCGCGGCCGCUGGGUGGGAUCGGCUCAGCAGCAUCCCUGAUGUGAGUACAGCGGGAUUCAAGCAUGGAUACGCGGGCCACACCUGUGCGCCAGCUGCGUUACCUGCGGACCUGUUGGAGACCACCGGGCACAGACGCGCAGAUCUGGGCAUCCUGCAGCGCGGCGAUGGCGUUGUGACCACCGGGUUCGACAAAGACCUUAUGGGGCCCCUUGCGCAUCAUCGCGCCCGCUGGAUUAUCAUAGCUCGGAUUCAGAGUGGGUUCCGUUCAGACCGGAUUUACACCGAACCUCAGCGUGUGUGAGUGUGAUUUUGAGACAAAGACCCUCCGCGCAAAGCGACGCGCUAUGGAUGCGGUUCAGCUGGAUGGGCUCAACCCAUCACCGGCGGAGAACGGCAGUGUGUCGCAGUCUGAGCCGCACAAGCGGCUCUCGCAGGUGGACACCGUGGUUCUGCCGUUCCUCGGCGGGUUUGGGAGGUAUCAGCGGCGCUUGGUGGCUCUAACGUGGAUCCCGGCGUUCCUCAUCUCGUUCAGCCAGUUUUCGGACCACUUUCUGCUCGGUCAACCGGGAAGAAAGUGCGUCCGUCCGGAUCAGAACAGAACGAGUUCGGUUCGGGAGAUUUUCGAUCUGAUCGCGACCGGGAACGACGCCGCCGCCACCGCCGAGGGCAGCAACGUAACGGCGUGCAUGUGCUCCGAGUGGCGGUUCGAGCUGCAGUCGGGACUGCAGCAGAAUGUAGUCACCAAGUGGACGCUGGUGUGUGACGGCGAGUGGAAGGUUCACAUCGCUAAGUUCUCUCUGCUGGUGGGCUCUAUCUUCGGCUACCUGCUGAUGGGAGCGAUGGCAGACUGGUUGGGCCGGAUCCCCGUGCUGCUGGUGUCUGUGCUGUCUGUGCUGGUGUUCGGUUUGGCCAUGGCCUUCUCUGUGGAUAUGGCUAUGUUCAGCACGCUGCGCUUCUUCGAAGGCUUCUGUCUGGCGGCGAUCAGACUCUCGCUUUACGUCCUGAGGAUCGAGCUGUGUUUGCCCGCCUGGCGUUUCUCCAUGACCAUGAUCGCCAGCCUGAUCAUCGUGAGCGGCCAGCUGCUGAUGCCCGGUCUGGCGGCGCUGUGCCGUGAUUGGCAGAUCCUGCAGAUCGUCAUCAUCGCCCCGUUUGUGCUCAUGCUGCCGUACGUCUGGAUGUUUCCGGAGUCUCUGCGCUGGUUGUUGGUCACUCAGCAUUAUCAAAGAGCCAAGCGACAGAUGUUACGCAUCGCCCAUAGCAACAGCGUCGACACGGCAACCGACUCCAGCGGCAUCCUCUCAGAGCUGGAGACUGAACUGCAGCAGAAGCCCAAGACGUUCUGCGUGACGCAGCUGAGUGGCACCAGAAACCUGUGGAAGAACACCGUCGUCCUCUGCGUCAACUCGUUGACGGGUUACGGCAUCCAUCACUGCUUUGCGCGCAGCGUUCUGGAGGGCAGCGCGUCUCACCUGCAUUAUUACGCAUUAGCGGCGAUCGCCGUGGCCUCCUGCAUGGUGCUGUUCCCGGUGGUGGCUGGCUUCGGCAGGAGAGGAGGACUGCUCACCUUCAUGAUCAUCACGGCUCUGGCGUCGCUGCUGCAGCUGGGUUUGCUCAACCUGAUCGGCAAGUACAGUCUAUGGCACGAUGCAGCUCAGCGGGACUCGCUGAACCAGCGCUUCUCGUACGCGUUCUCCAUCAUCGGGAUGUUCUCGUCUCAUGCCGUCAGCACACUCAGCAUCUUCUACUGCGCCGAGAUCACGCCGACGGUCAUCAGGGGUGGAGGAGUGGGUCUGGUCCUAGCGAGCGCAGGUUUCGGUAUGCUAACAGCGCCGCUGAUGGAGCUCCACAAUCAGAAGGGUUUCUUCCUGCAUCACGUGAUCCUCACCUGCUGCACUCUGCUCUGCAUCAUUUGCAUACCGUUACUCCCGGAAACCGCCAGCCAACCGCUGCCCGAGACUAUUGCUGAGGGGGAGGGGCUUCUGCGGUGGCCCAUCCUCCCCGGAGAACAGCACCAUCUACUGGCCAGGACCGAGGUCAGGGAGUAUUCGCGCGUUCAGGACACGCCCCUUCACCAGGUCGUCAACCCCGGCAACGGCUCGGUGCCUAGCAACAGCACAGCCAAUGGCGUGAGGACUUCAUGACGGCGUUUGCUAAAGACGGCCGAACGAAGAGCGAUUGUCGAGAACGAGUUUCACUCAUUCGUUUUUUUAAACUGCGAAAUGCGACUGAUGUCGUGGUAAAGUGUCAAACGCCUCAUUAACCAGCAUCGGUGAAAAAUUCUUACCAUUGUACAAACUGGAAAUGUUAUUUUAACUUGCGUUUAGCGAAAGGAGCUCUAUUUUUCGAACGGCCACUACCGAACAAUAACCUCACGGAGGAGUUUCACUGAUUUGAAUGCGUUUUGUUUUGUACGUUUGGUAAAUAUUUGGUAUUUAUUAUAAGGACAGAAUGACGUUGACGGUAAGAACCAGCAGACUUUAUUCCUGUACGGGAGAUUGUUUCCACCACAGGAAAAUAAAAUAAAAAAAGGUAUUCGUGACUUUCUCUCACAGUCACAACUCCGAAUUUUUUCUCGCAAUUCUAAGAAAAAAAUUUGCAAUUCUAAGUAAAAAAUAAUAA